AUGCUACAUCGAUUAACCUCUUUGUGGAGUCGCCUUCCGCAACAGGGACUUGGUUCCCGGAUCCCGCCAUCAUGCCCUAGCACGACAUUCUUUGGACUAGGGAGGAGGUCUUUCAGUCACAAUUCGUUCCUCGGACGGAAUGCGUCCUCUGCGCCGUUCAAUACACCUCAAUCUAAGCAGCGCAAUGCGUCCACGAUGUACUACGCAGCGAGUAUGAUCCUGGGCACGGUGGCCCUCGCAUAUGGCUCUGUUCCUCUGUACAAAAUGAUCUGCCAACAAACCGGAUGGGGCGGCCAGCCUAUCCUGACUCACCGUGGAGGCGACGGAGAUGCCUCCGAGCGCGUUGUCCCCGUCACCGACUCUCGCCGGCUCCGGAUCACAUUCAAUGGAUCAGUCUCGGACGUAUUACCCUGGAAGUUCACCCCACAGCAGCGUGAAGUCCGAGUGCUGCCCGGAGAGACGGCUCUCGCGUUCUACACAGCGACCAACAAGGGACCCGCAGAUAUCAUCGGUAUCGCUACAUACAGUGUGACUCCGGGACAGGUUGCUCCGUACUUUAGCAAAAUCCAGUGCUUCUGUUUCGAAGAGCAGAAGUUGAAUGCGGGAGAGUCCGUGGAUAUGCCGGUGUUCUUCUUCAUUGACCCUGAUUUUGCCAGGGACCCGGCAAUGAAGGGCAUCGAUACCAUCACGCUUUCGUACACAUUUUUCAGUAAGAUCAUACAGAUGUUCCCGUCCGGGCUGGUUCUCAAAAUGGCGCUCCUGGUUGAUAAGCUGCGGCCACGCUCGCUUGACGCGCUUUCAUACCACCCCGAACUCUCUGAUCGGUUGAAGUCGCUGGCCCAAAGCGGCGACUUCCCCCAUCUCCUCGUGUACGGACCGUCAGGAGCAGGAAAAAAGACACGGGUGAUCGCGACACUGAAAGAAUUGUACGGGCCCGGCGUGGAAAAGAUCAAGAUCGACGCGCGAGUGUUCCAAACGACCAGCAACCGCAAACUCGAGUUCAACAUCGUUUCCUCCGUCUACCACCUCGAGAUCACGCCGUCGGACGUCGGGCACUACGACCGCGUCGUGGUGCAGGAGCUGCUGAAGGAGAUCGCCCAGACGCAGCAGGUCGACCUGUCAGCGAAACAGCGGUUCAAGGUCGUGGUCAUCAACGAGGCUGACCAUUUGACCCGUGAUGCGCAGGCGGCGCUGCGUCGGACGAUGGAGAAGUACAGUCCUAACCUGCGGUUGAUCCUGCUGGCCAAUAGCACCUCGAAUAUCAUUGCGCCUAUCCGCUCCCGUACCCUGCUGGUCAGGGUGGCCGCGCCUACGGAGGAGGAUAUUUGCUCUGUUUUGAGCGCGGCUGGGCGGCGAGAGGGCUGGAACGAGGCGAGUGAGCUCAAUAAGCGGAUCGCCAAGGACUGUGGGCGGAAUCUUCGGCGCGCUUUGCUUAUGUUUGAGGCUAUUCAUGCUCAGAGUGAAAAAGUGACAGAUAGUACGCCGAUUCCGCCUCCAGACUGGGAGGUUUUGAUCUCUGUGAUCGCGGACGAAAUUCUCGCUGAGCGGUCUCCGGCACAGAUUCUGCUGGUCCGCUCACGGUUGUAUGAUCUGUUGACUCAUUGUAUACCGCCAACGACAAUUCUCAAGACCCUCACCUUCAAGCUAAUCGCUAAGGUCGACGAUGCCUUAAAACCCGAGGUGAUCCAAUGGUCUGCUUUUUACGAGCAUAGAGUCAAGCAAGGCAGUAAAGUGAUUUUCCACCUAGAGGCAUUUGUCGCGAAAUUCAUGCGCAUCUACGAAAGGUUCGUCAUCUCAUUAGAAAUGUCACUGAACUGCUUAUGA